AUGAUGAAUGUCCUCCGGUCCAUGUUUGGUGUCUGCAGCAGUUCUGCUGAGAAGGGGGAGGUCCAUGAUACUAUCCGGAGAGUAUUCGGCAACGAAAUGGUCAUGAAAGAUAAUACGGACAGACAUUUCCAAAGGAGUAAAUACGUGAGUCACAUUCGCGAGAACUUACCCAAGAUGUUGGACGCCAAAGUGCUGAGUCACAAGAGUAAGCCAAAGAAACACGCUCCCGUCAUACCAGAGACGACAGACACUACAGAUGACAGAUUUGGACGGAUUGGACCGAAAAUUGUAGUCUUCGAUGCAUCAACAGGUACCGGCCGCUUGGUCCUGGUGGGAGACGAGAGGGUGAGCGUGCAGGGUCUCUCGAGCUUCGCCACCAUCAGGGCGACAGCUUGCGUGUACGCUGGCAGAUGGAUGUAUGAGGUGCAGCUUGGAACUAAGGGGAUUAUGCAGAUUGGCUGGUGCACUGCCUCCUGCAUCUUCUCAAUGGACACAGGAGUCGGUGAUACGGCGCAUUCCUACGCAUAUGACGGAGGCAGAGUGAGGAAGUGGAAUGUAGCCACGUCGCCAUAUGGCCAGGCCUGGUUGCCUGGUGAUGUUAUAGGAUCCUGUAUCGAUCUGGAUAAAGGGGUUUUGGAAUUUUAUAGGAAUGGCAUAUCAAUGGGCUUGGCAUUCGACAAGGUGACCCAUGGAGCUGGACUGGCAUACUUCCCGGCCGUCUCACUGGCGAUGCAAGAACACCUGUAUGCAAACUUCGGACAUGUGCCGUUUGUUUUCCCAGUAGAAGGUUAUGCAGCUCUACAGGCUCCGCCUAACCGAGAGUGCGCGCGCGCAGCGUUACUGUUCAAGUCUUUAGACGCCUUGCUGGAUGAACUGGCGCGACCUUCAGAUAUGAAGACUUCACUCACUGCUAGGAGUAGUAAGUCGAAAUCAGACUCUUCGAAAGCAGCUGAAGAGGAAGUGGCAUUAAGAAUCCACAGUUCAGGGUCUGUGUACAGUCCGCGAGCUUCACCACACGCCAUAGUGGAUGCACAGAAUACGGAGGUCAGGAAGAUGUCUAAAAAGGCCUUCCUUAUGUCUCUAUCACGGCUAGUGGUAGUAGAAUUAGGCACAGUCCUCCGCCUUUCGUACGUUGUGGUAGCUGAACUGCUCCCUCGUCUCCGAGGCCUCAUCGGCUUGAAGAGCAGGAGCAUACACACUGAUCAGCACGCUGCUGAGUUCUAUGUCAAGUGCAAGGACGAGAAUUUUGUGGGUCUUGCAGCAAAACUUCUAGCGCAGCCUCAACCACGGCUUUGCAUGAUGCUGGACUUGCUGUGGACGUUUCUAGACGAAUCCGCGUUGUGUGAUGUCUUAGAACAUUGUGUGGUCAGAGAGUGUCUGCUCUUUGAUUUGGUGUCACAGGACAUGUACUUCAACCAGCAGAUGGAAGGGGUAUUCGUAUUGUGCGGUAUGAUGCAGCAUCGGGAGACACGGCACCAUCUCGUCAAAUACGUGUUCUUCAAUAAGAUCACGUUCGACAAUUUCCUAAACGUGAAGUGUCCAGAUGACACAGUGCUGCGAACUGUCAUCAGAAAACCGUGGUGGCAGCGACCCACCUCCGUACAGGGGGAGACAGACCCUAGGAUAGCUGAAAUGGCUGAGAAGGGCACCAUUAAGCGGUCACCUUUCGCGCCAACCGGGACAGAGAAAAUAUCUAAACUACUGCCGACAGUGCAAGACGACUCAGCUUUGGAAGCACAGUACAGAGAGGACUGCAGUAAGAUCACGAAAGCGGUAGCUCCCUUGGAACAAGUACAGCUAGAGUUCCUCCUGCUUCUGCUGGACAACACUGACGGCACGAACAUGGUGCCCUCCACCAGGAAGAUAUUCCUGGAGAAGUUCCGACGGUAUAUCAUGGACAACUGCAUUCUCGAUAUGAGGCUGUUCAACAUCUCGCGGAAUUCGCCGGCGAUAUCGUGGUGCUGCCACUCGAGGCUCCUCACUGCUGUGUUGAGGCUGUGGAAUGAAAACCCUAUUGGGAAUCCACAUACAAACCCCCACUUGCCGGCUCGAACGUUUAUUGACGGAGAACUGGACUUCUACAACGUUGACCGUCUUGGUGGAGUAUUGCCCUUUCUAGUCAGGACAUUGAGACAAGACCUAGUGGGUGUUUUGGGAGAAGACAAUCCAUUCAUACAGAGUUUUGAACCUAACUACAAUCGCGCUGGAGGAAUUGAUACAGGUGUUAGUGACAUGGCUGCCGGGUCGCCAGGGUUAGCGACCUUGCCUCAGGUCAUCUCCUCAAUGGCGAGGUUCAUGCAUCCUCCGAUGCCACCGGUGCCUAACAGCUUAACAACAGGUGAAACAGCGCUGGCACUCAAAGGCACGAGGUCCAUGAUGCCUGGUGCUGGCUCCAUUGACAUCAGGUCGGCAUACCUUCGCCUGGUCGACGGCCUGCUCGCCUUGUACCAUGGGGCGGCUAUCAAGCAUGCUGAGAAGUUAUGUGAGCUCAGAGACAAUCAACUGGACAUGGCGGAUUGUCUGCACGACAUCGAACAUCGGAUAUACACUGUUACCGCGGAGCUGCAGACUGGGACAGAUAGCAUAUCGGAAGAAGAUAAGAUUAAAAAACAAUUAAUGGAAAAUAUGCUCAAGGAGUUAGAGAGAUCCAAAACGGUUUACGAGGAGAAGUUAGAAGCAGGAGCGUUACAAAUGGCGUGGGUGAUAGGCGCAAUAUGGACGAAGCAGAGACAGACGGAACUAGCAAAACACUUCUCCGGGACCCUGCACUCGUUACGACUUUCUUCAGACCCGGACUACGCCACACAUGUGCAAGUGGCGAGUAAGGAAAUACUUCCCGGCAAAAGCUCUCUACUGGGAGGCACCAGUUACGCAUCACUGCAGCUUGAAUAUACCUCCAGUUCUGAUCAAAGUCCCCAGAGUCCCACAUCAAGAGCGGCAACUCCUAGAACAGGGUCCAAUUCACAAAUAGGAUCCUCAAAUCGCGGCCAAGAAUUUGCAGAGUCUCUGUUCGCCUUCGUGCCGGAAUACCAUGUGGACGCCAUGUUGGAACUGUGCAAUACUCUGAGGCUUUACAUGCAUCCCACUGUGCCGGUGCAGCAGAUACCAGAAUGGGAAGAGCUGGUGGUAUCCUGCGCAUCGUUCCUUUGUGCUGAGUUCGCAGACCAGCGCAUAGUGUUGGCUAGUACCAGAGAGUCUCUAGUUCAAACACUAGCGUCCUUCGCCACACAACCGGCCACUAUGAGAGCUAUUGAAAGAGUACCGCUUAAACAACAGAUGUCAAUGGUAGAGGAGCUGGUGCGUCCGUAUCAGAACCGUGCGUGGGCGCAGUCCAACUGGGUGCUUGUCAGAUUCUGGCACGGCUCAGGGUUCGGCUUCCGACAUCGACAGUGGCCACAUUUGGCUGCCAGAUAUGGCGACAGAGAACCGACAGUCAACAACCUCGGUGCAAAAGUAGACGCAGGACUUAUGAGUCAGUGUUUUGGUCCCUGCCCCUCGGAAGUGAUCCAGAGUCGGAUAAAGGACUACUUGUCGGGUCAUCCAGUUGCCGCGGCGGCGUACCUCAACUCGCUGCUCAGUCAACUCAACUGGGCCUUCUCAGAGUUCAUCACGAUGAUGCAGGAGAUGGAUCGCGUCAGUAUAGACGCUCACUUAGAGUCGCGACAGAUCAAGCUAUGCGCGACUUGCUUCGACCUGUACCACGGUUUAGCCAGAGCGUUAGAGAUGACGCUUCACCUGGCACCCCUGCUGCUGACUAAGCCAGAAGCCUGCGACAGUCAGAAUGAGCUACUAUUGGGCAGGACCUGUCAGAUCCUCAUGGCCGUAGUAUCUCGAGUAUGUAUACGCGGCGGUGGGGGCGCUAGUUUCGCUCGCCUAGUGGCCCGGGGCCUGCCCGACACGGAUCGUGUACACUAUUAUGUGGCACUGGCUCCUGUGGCCGGCUGUCUGAUCAGGAUGCUGGAUUCUAAGCUGCCUCCUGAGCAUUUAGACAAAGUGACGAAAGCAAUAGUAACGGAACCACUCUUCAGAAUGGAUGGACUGGAAUUUAUGCUUGGAAAGGCCAAAGACAGCAAACACUUUUCAUUUUAUAAAUACCCUGACGAUGUAACAAUGGACGAGUUAAAAGCCCUAGAAAUAGUAGCGGAUCGGCUACGCGUGGCUCGAGACGCCAUCGUAAGAGCGAAGUCCCCGGGCUCCAGCGGGGCGCAGUCCGACUUAUUAUGCACCAUAUGCUAUGCAAGGCCGGCUGACACAGCCUUUGUGCCUUGUGGACAUCAUUCUUGCAGAGCUUGUAUAAUGCAACACUUACUGAACAGCAAACAGUGCUUCUUUUGUAAAGCAGACAUCGAGUCUGUGCGCGAAAUAGAACCCAAUAACUGACACCAUAUUGUGACGUCACAAUCUAAAAUGGCGGCUACACCUCGAUUUAUAACAAUAUCUUUAAUUAA